UACCUCAUUCGCAGUCAAGGUGAGGAAUGGUACAAACAGCGGACUGUGGUCAGCAAGAAGAUGCUCAAGCUAGGCGAGGUGUCCAACUUCAGCACGGAGAUGGGUGAGGUCUCGGACGACUUCGUCAGCAGACUCGGAAAAAUUCGGGAUGUCAAUGGGGAAGUUCCCAAACUGGAGAGAGAGCUCUUCAAAUGGGCAAUGGAGUCAAUUGGUACCUUCAUUUUCGAAGAGCGCAUCGGUUGCCUUGGAGACCAGCCGUCCAGCAUGGCUCAAUCGUUCAUCGAGAACAUGGAGGGCUUUUUCAAGACUCUGCAACCCCUUCUCUACAACCUGCCCUUUUACAAACUUUGGAAGACACAGCUGUGGCAAGAGUUCGAGUCCUACUCUGACAACAUUAUGGAAAUUGGCCAUCACAUGGUGGAGAAAGUGCGUCUUUAUUGGGUUUUUGCUGUGAUAAUAUAUACAUCCACAGCCACAACAUGGUGCCUCUAUCUCCUGGCGAAACACCCGGAAGUACAGGAACGUCUGCUCUCGGAGAUCAACGCGGCCGCAGACAAGAACGGUGACGUAGCUGCUGACGUGCUGUGUCGUCUGCCCUUAGUGAAGGGCGUGGUGAAGGAGACUCUCCGGAUGUACCCGAUCACUUACUCCACCAGUCGGAAUAUGACCGAGGACACCGAGAUAGGAGGCUACAACGUGCCGGCGGGGACACAUGUUCAAGCCAACUUGUACGGCAUGUACCACGACCCGGCACUAUUUCCGGAACCGGAGAGCUUCCGGCCCGAACGUUGGCUUCGGGAAAACUCGGGAGAUAUGGACCCUACAGUGAAAGCCAUGUCCAACCUGGUGUGGGGGCAUGGAGCACGCAUGUGUAUCGGCCGACGUGUCGCUGAGCAAGAGAUGCACAUCACGUUGUCUAAGAUUGUGCAGAAGUUCAAGCUCAGCUACGAGCAUGACGACGUAGAACCCGUACUCAACACAAUGAUGACCCCUGACCGACCUCUGAGGGUCAAGCUGACCCCGCGAUUCUAGACCUGCCGAUCGAUUACCAUAGAUCUCAUUUUCGUACACACAGUGGGAUAUUUGAGAUAACAUCAUUCAGAGUAGAUAGAUAGAUGAAGAAAAUAGUGCAUGAGAUGUUGAACAAUAUCUUUGAGAUACAAGUACAAAUUAUGUAGACCUUAUUUUAUUUGUGUAAAAUUACAAGGAGAUUGGCACAAUUGUGCUCAAUAUAAAUAUGAUGAUCCUGGGAAAGAUGAAGACGGAGACAGACAGACGGAAACAACAUACGAGUAGAUUAUAAAGUAUUAGUAGGACCGACCAGUGGAACUCUCUGUCCAGAUAUUAUAAUGCCUCAUUCGACGUAGAUCUACUUUAUUACAAUGACACUUUGAAAAUCAGCUCUUUAUCUAGGCUGAUGUCCAGAUUUGAAUGCAUAAUGGAGAUGUAAUGGUCGAGUAUAAUUGCUUACAGAAAUCAUGAUAUUUAACUCCGCCUCUUUGCGAUUUUUGGGUUUUCUCUUUGCCGAGGGUCAGGGGUAGUGCGCGCUUGCGCGCGCGCGCGUGUGUGUGUGUGUGUGUGUGUGUGUGAGAGAGAGAGAGAGAGAGAGAGAGAGAGAGAGAGAGAGAGAGAGAGAGGGGGGGGAGAGAGAGACAGAGAGAGACAGAGAGAGAGACAGAGAGAGACUGAGAGAAAGAGAGGGGAUGGGGAGGGGGAGAGAGACCCAAAGAUAAAGGGCUCAUCACACCCAAAAUACAUGACCUACUUUUAUAUGUUUUGGAACGUGAGCCCGUGACUUCUGUAACGAGUUACGAAAGCUUCUCAGUUGUCUGGUGCUGAACCACAAACGAUGCAUUCAGAUUCCAGAUUUUGAUAUUCUGAAUCGAAGCCAAAGCAAAAUUAGUAACAGCUCAAUCUACUAUAUUAGGGAGAAGAAGAACAAAGUACAUGAAGAAGAUAGUGACUCGACCGACAAAAAUCUUAUACAGCACAGUAUCAGUAAGGCCAUGACCACGAAUUAAAUGCUUUUGUGUGCAUUUUUAUUUGUAAAAAUAUUGUUUUUCUAAAAUUAGGAAAGGAUGUUUCAUUUUAGUUUACUUUGAGGAAAGACAAGUGCAUCGACAAAAUGGGGACCGCUUCGGCCGACACCCCUGAAAAUUUCAAAAUUUCCUACCAACUGAAAAUGUUUGGUGUGUCCCGCGCGCUCAUAUGACGUUAUGCAGUUGAGAGCGCGUAAAACGCUUACCCAAAAAAAAUAAAUGGGGACCACUUAGUGGAAGGUAAAGCAAGGUAGACAGACAGAAGCUACAAAGAGAGAAAAGAAAGACACAACGCCUUCUAGUGGCGCCCGUACAUAAAACCCCCUCUUGUAAAUUAAAUGAGUUCAUAAUCCUAAGACGCCCGACGAUUUCGAAAAUAGAUUGAAAGUAAUGAAAGAGCAUCGCUCAUUAAGCUCCUUUGUGAGAGAAGAAGUCGAAUUUAAUUCUGCGUUUUAAAAAAAAA